AUGUCAAUACUAAACCUUGAAAAUUGCAAGAAAAGGAAAAGAUGGCCAAAACUCCACGAUUUCAGCACAUUUUGUGAACCGGAUUGCCCCAUUAGUCCUACUGGUCCGUUCCGCGACAACAUUCGGGUUUUUCUUCAGCAAUGUGCAGAACCUGAAGAUUAUAAAGUAGAGGGAAUGUCAAUUUGGUGUACUUUACUUGUUAUUGAAAGUAAAAACUUUGCAGUUCCACUUUACAUCAUUGAAGAAGAUGUUAAGAAGUCAGUUAGACCCUUUUGUGAUCAGUGCAGAUGCAACGGUUGGAGUCAUAAUUUUGUUUCCAGAAGAAAGUAUCAUAUAAUAAUACCUGUUGAUAGUGAGUGGAGUCAGAAAUUGGAGGAUGGUGUUUGUGAUCUCCAGACUCAUCUUUUGCAUGGGUUGAUUCACUGUAAUGGUUUUGGUCAUUUGCUAUGCAUAAACGGGAAAGAAGGGGGUUCCAAGUAUCUUUGUGGCAGGGAAAUCAUGGAUCUUUGGGAUCGCAUCUGCAGAAAUCUUCGAACUCGGAAAAUCACUGUUGAGGAUGUAUCAAAGAAGCGGUCCAUGGACCUUCGUGUUCUUUAUGGGGUUGCAUAUGGACAUCCAUGGUUUGGUAGAUGGGGGUACAAGUUUUGCCAUGGAAGCUUUGGUGUGACGGAGCUCAUAUAUAUCAGAGCAAUUGAAAUUCUAAGCGCUCUGGAACUUGAAAAGAUCAUUCAGGAUUUCAGUGACACAAGCCAAAGUAAAAGCAUGAAGCAGAUAAUUCAAUACUAUAGAGACUUGAGUCCAAUCCAGCUGAUCAAAUUCAAAGAUCUUCUUUGUUUCAUGCUUGCCCUCAAAUGCUGUCCCUGUGGACAGAAGAAACAAAGCGUGACUGCCACCGCCACUUCAAAGCCUCUUAUCAAUGUUGUAUUCGGGAAAAAGCCACUUGUAAAGGAGAAAUGCAUGAAGUACAGAAAUUUCAGUUCGUUGGUUGGUACAAUGGAUAGUAGAUGGCCUACGAGAAGACUACAAUAUGCAGCUGAUGUGAUUGUGGAUGCAUUGAAAGCAAAGAAGGAUGACAAACACUGUGAAGGAGGAAUGACAAGACAAGAUGUGAGAGAUGAAGCUAGGAUGCACAUUGGUGAUACUGGGUUGCUUGAUUAUGUUCUGAAAUCAAUGAACAAUGUGGUUGUUGGAAAGUAUGUUGUCCGUCGAGCAGUGAACCCAAAAACAAGGAUUCUGGAAUACUCGAUUGACGAGCUUGGCGAUGGGAUUAGUCCCGUUGAGGCUAAACCAGAAUCUGAAGCAGUUCCAGCACAGCCUCUUGUGCCUGGAGCUGAUGUCAACGCUGAUGUGGUCUAUAUAUACGAGAAUGUACUGUUUAACUACCCAGAAUCAGAAAUAUUUGAAGUAGCAACUCAGGCAAUUCUAGACAGCAAACAUUUUGUGAAGGAGUGGCCUUUUAGGGAUGAGAAUGACCAGCUGUUGAAUUUCACGUGCCAAGUGAUGCCAAAUUGGAAUGAUCUAGGAGCUAAAUUCUAUAGGAAAGUGCCUCCUGGUGAGAUUCUCGUGCUUCCAUUGCAUGCUUCAGUGCUGGAACUAAAACAAGAAGCAGAAAGUGCAUUGCGGGACAUUUACUGCGUGCUUGAGAGAUUUGUUGUGACAGAGAUAGAGCAUAUGGAAGACCUACAUGAUAAGGACUUGUUGUGUGAAUUUUUCGAAUCCGGUGCAGAGAUUUCCGUGAAAGGGUACGGCAUGGAUAUAAAUUCUCCGCUGAGGUAUGAAGGUGGGCCAGAUAACUGGAAGGUAAAAUGUGAAUGUGGGGCUUGUGAUGAUGAUGGGGAGAGAAUGGUGGAAUGUGACAUUUGUGAGGUGUGGCAACACACACGCUGCAAUGGCAUUGAUGAUGCCAAUACAGUACCACAAUUGUUUGUUUGUUCUGGAUGCUGUGAUUCUCUACAGCCAGUAAAAGCUAAAACUCACCAGCAAUUUGAGAGUUCUGAUGAAUUGUUGAUGAUUCCGGCAGCAAUUGGAUACAGAGCAGAAGCUGCAGAAGCUUUUUACCAAGGUACAAAUCCCUCUUUCCCUAGCUCUCUGAGUGUGCAAUAG